CAGGUGCAACUUGGCAUGCCAUUUGCAUGCCAGGCAACCAGGGGUGGACUGACCAUUUGGAAAACUCGGGCACUGCCCGAGGGCCCAGGGUCAGUAGGGGGCCCCAUGAGAUGCCCCUGGUACCUUUUUCAUAGGCUUUUUUGAGUUUGGGCAAGGACACAGGGGCCCCAUGAUCCCCUAUUGCCUGGGGGCCCCAUGAGUUGUCAGUCCGCCCCUGCAGGCAACUUUCAAAUUAGCACAUCUCCUAGACUGUAAGCUCCAAGGAGCAGUGCCCUCAAACCCCUCGUGUAUUGUUUUGUUA